UUUUCUUUUUCUGCAGCAGGAGCAACAGAAGUUCAACCUGGACCGCUUCACGAAGAAACUAUCUGCUCUAAAUAACAAACUGACAAUGCCUAUUCACUACCGCUGGCAUAUCUAAUAGCCAACUAAUUGUCAUUGAAGGAAACGUUUCCGAGAAAUGACAAUGUUGGGUAUGUAUGUGCCAGACAGAUUUUCUCUGAAAUCGUCAAAGGUCCAGGAUGGAAUCGGUCUUUACACGGCGAGGCGAGUGAAAAAGGGAGAAAAGUUUGGCCCUUUUGCAGGUGAGAAAAAGCUGCCGAGUGAGCUGGAUGAAAGCUCGGACACCAGACUCAUGUGGGAGGUCCGUGGCAGUAAGGGAGAUGUGCUGUAUAUUCUGGAUGCUAGUAACCCACGCUAUGCCAACUGGCUGCGGUUUGUCCAUCAGGCGCCUUCGCAAGAGCAGAAGAACUUGGCAGCCAUACAGGAUGGAGAAAACAUCUUUUACCUGGCUGUGGACGACAUAGAGACAGACACAGAGCUCCUCAUAGGCUAUCUGGACAGCGAUAUGGAGGAAGAGGAGGAAGAAGAAGAGGAGGAGGUCAUCAAAGAUGACGACGAAAACAGUAAAGAUGCCAAACAUAUUGUUGAAAUGGAACUAGUAAUAAAGAAGGAGGACCACCCCUGCUUGCUGUGUGAGAGCAGUUUUCCCAGUGAGGAGAUCCUGGCUGACCACCUCCAGAGUCUGCAUCUGAAGGACUUCAAAUGCAGAAACUGUGGCAAGAAGUUCCCCAUCAAACAGGCCCUGCAGCGCCAUGUUUUGCAUUGUUCUGAGUCACUGGAUCCGUCAGGUGACUCUAAAGCGCACCAGUGCUCCCUCUGCCACAACACAUUCAGCUCUGAAUCCAGCUUUGAACAGCAUAAAGAAGCCUGUAAAGGAGAUGCCAGGUUCAUCUGUAAAGCAGAGAGCUGUGGUAAAAGAUUCAAGAGCAAGGACGCUCUGAAGAAGCAUAAAGGAAAUGUUCACACAGGGAGUGCACGUCGGAAACUUACAUGCACCAUAUGCAACAGAAAAUGCUCCUCCUCUCUGAAUCUACAAGAGCACAGAAAGGUACACGAAAUAUUUGAUUGCCACGCGUGCGACAAGAAGUUCAUCUCUACAAAUCAGCUAAAACGCCACAUGAUCACACACUCAGAGAAGCGACCGUAUACCUGCGAGAUCUGCAGUCGCUCGUUCAAGCGCCUGGACCAGGUGACGGCUCACAAGAUCAUCCACAGCGAGGACAAACCGUACAAAUGUAAGCUGUGCGGGAAGGAGUUUGCUCACCGGAACGUCUACAAGAAUCACAAGAAGACCCACUCUGAGGAAAGACCCUUCCAGUGUGAGGAGUGCAAAGCUCUGUUCCGCACCCCCUUCUCUCUACAGCGUCACUUACUCAUCCACAACAGUGAGAGGACAUUUAAGUGUGACCAGUGCGACGCCACCUUCAAGAGGAAAGACACGCUCAACGUCCACAUCCAGGUGGUGCACGACGGCCAUAAGAAGUAUAAGUGCGACCUGUGCGAGAAGGCCUUUGUCACUCCUUCAGUCCUCAAAAGCCACAAGAAGACACACACGGGGGAAAAGGAGAAGAUCUGCCCGUACUGCGGACAAAAGUUCGCCAGCAACGGCACGCUAAGGGUCCACAUCCGCAGCCAUACAGGUGAGCGUCCAUACCAGUGCCCUUACUGUGACAAAGCGUUCAGCAAGAACGAUGGCCUGAAGAUGCACAUCCGCACACACACUCGUGAGAAGCCGUACAAAUGCAGCGAGUGUAACAAAGCUUUCAGCCAGAAAAGAGGACUGGACGAGCACAUGAGGACCCACACAGGAGAGAAACCUUUCCAAUGUGACGUGUGUGACCUGUCAUUCAGCUUGAAGAAGAUGCUCAGCAGGCAUAAGCUCACGCACAACCCUAACCGGCCCAUGGCAGAGUGCCAGCUCUGCCACAAGAAGUUCACCAGGAACGACUACCUCAAAGUACAUAUGGAGAAUGUCCACGGGGAAACAGAGAGCUAGAGCCAAUUAUGGAACCACUGGCUGAAUGAGAACGAUAUCUGAUUCCUCAGAUAAAGUUCAGUCUCAUGCUUUCAUGCAGGCAGCAUGAGCCUUUACAUACUGUAUACACAGAUGGGUAGAUAGCAGAAAUGUUGUUAUUAAAGAUACAUAACAUUUAGAAUAUGGAAAACAUUUGGCCAAGACAUCGAAAUACUGUACAUUUGUCAUUUUUUUUAAAAGAUAUUGUUAUCUCAACUACGUUUGAGCCGCCGUGUCCGACAUUUCACUUCCCGUCUCUCUGACUUCUAACCAGUGUUACUGUUCAUACUUUUACAGCCUGACCUCUUCCACUGUAGCAUUUAGUGACCAACUGUCUGAACACUUUACUGUACACCUGUGGCUAGUUGCCACGUGAGAACCAAAGACCUUUUAGUGCACUUUGUCCACGUUUCCUACAUGUUUACACCGUUCUGUUACGUUUUGCACCUGUUAUCCGGCGUCCAAACGUGUUCAAGCCCCAGAGCGUACGUCAAAAAACCAUGUUGCUCUAUUUAUUAUUUUCAAAAUAAAGAGUAUUAAAACAGGAUGGUUGAAUGGAAAGACGGGGAGAUGGAGCUCUGAAAAGCACAUAGAAAAUGCGAAACAGCUCACAAGUAAAGCUUUUUAUUUACAUGAUAGCCAGAGAGUAUAAACACACUGUCCUCGGCCUUUCAUGCUCUUUUUUUUAAGAUCUACUCGAGCGGGCAUUUUUUUGUUAUGAAUGGCCCUGAGAAAACAUGCAUGGUUUUUGUUGUAACAUGGGACAGCUGAUUGGAGAAAUGUCAUACAAAAGCAGAUUUUGCCUGUAAAAGCAGAUGUCUGUUUUUAGAUAUGAACAUUAAAACUGUCGGACCAACCGAAGAUGAAUGAGUUCACCCGUUCCUUCCUUUCCCACGGCCUGUUUGGUGCUUAAAGAGUUACUGUUUCUGUGUCCUGACCUGUAUUAGGGACAAACAGAAAAAUCUGAAGUACUGUGUGUUGACUUUCGUAAUGAACAGUUCUCAUAUGAAUUGCCCAGGGUCAUUGUGCCUUACAGUACGUGUUCAUGUUGUUUUUCAUUAACCAUUGUUGGAUACAGUGUUUCGUGUAUUUCAAUAGAAGUGCAAUUCUGUCCUGUUUUAUAUCCAGACUCGUUCGCUUCCUCAUUUACUCUGAUUAAUGCACAUUUCCCUGCUGUUUAUUCUGCAUCUAUAGACUGUGAAUUGUCACUUCACACUUUUGUAUUUUGAAAUGUAUAAAACCUCAUCACCUACCAAACAUCCAUUUCCUCUGCUCCUUCUAAUUACGUGUUUGCGGACUGUUGACGUUGGGGUGGGAGGGGGCGUACGAGGAAACGCUCUGAGAGUUGAUUAAAAGUGUUCAGUUCUCGUUGUUAAUCUAACCCCUAUUCUUGGGUUGGCAGUCUGCUGGGAGCAAAGGCUAAUUAAGGGCUUUUUUUUUUUUGUUGUUUCUUCUCCGAGGCCACAGUCACCGCUCGCCUGAUCUGUAAAGCCACACACCAAAGAGCGCCUCUGAUGGUUUCUCUCUGUGGGUGCGGGGACUCUCUUUCUCACGUCCGUCCCCUGCAGAGGCUCUCUGGUAUCUCAGGAUUGAACUUUGUGAGAAUCUCACAAGCGCCGGAGUGAAGUGGGAGAGCUGCGAGUCCUUCUCAUCAUCGCUGUGUGAAGUUUGUCAAACGUGGCUGCUGUUCAAACUCAAUAAAUCUUGCCAUGUGUGGUUUUGGCUUCCUAAAAACACAUAACUGUUACAGUAUGUCUAUCUUCACGUCUUUUGACUGUGUGCUGUUUGUUUAACAAUUAACUAAUUACUGCUAUUCAUGUUAGAUUACAUUUCGGCUCCAUUGCUUCACAGCGUGAUGUCUCC